CAGGUAUAUAUGUAGGGAGAAAAACCGUUUGUUUCUGGAGCCAUCCAUGAUUUUGACCAUUGAUUAACAAGCAUAGCAGCCUGGGCUAGCUAAGCGAGAACACAUCAGAGGUAUAUAUAGCUAGGGAGAGGGGAAAAGGCCGGGAGAGGAGAGGAGAGGAGAGGAAGGACGGAGGAAGAAGCAUCCUCCUCUGUCCUAUCCCUAUCCGUGGAGGGGGGGAGAGGGUCGGUCGAUUCGAUUCGACUCGAUGGACGGCAGCUUCGGCCGCCGCCGGAGCGGCAGCCAUGGCGGCGUGGACGGCGAGUGGCGGCGGUGGGCGGUGCUGGUGGCGACGGUGUGGGUGCAGGCGCUGACGGGGACCAACUUCGACUUCUCGGCCUACUCGUCGGCGCUCAAGGCGUCCAUGGGCGUCUCCCAGCAGUCCCUCAACUACCUGGCCACCGCGUCCGACCUCGGCAAGGCGUUCGGCUGGUCGUCGGGGCUGGCGCUGCUCUACAUGCCGCUGCCGGCGGUGCUGCUCCUGUCCGCCGCGCUCGGCCUCGCCUCCUACGCCCUCCAGUACUGCAUCCUCCUCCCCUCCUCCACGCUCGCCGCCACCCUCCCCUACCCCGCGGUGUUCUUGAUCUGCCUGGCAGCAGGGUGCAGCAUCUGUUGGUUCAACACGGUCUGCUUCGUGGUCUGCAUACGCAGCUUCUCCGCAGCCAACCGCCCCCUGGCCCUCUCCCUUUCCAUAAGCUUCAACGGGCUCAGCGCUGCCUUCUACACCCUCUUCGCCAACGCUCUCUCCCCGUAUUCCCCAUCCGUCUACCUCCUCCUCAAUGCCAUCCUCCCCCUCGCCGCCUCCAUCGUUGCGCUCCCAGCGAUCCUCCUCUGCCAUCCACAUGAUCACAGCAGCCUCCGCAGUGUGCCAAAGCAUGACAGGCGUGUCUUCCUCUGCUUCUACACCAUUGCAUUCGUCACCGGCAUAUAUUUACUGACCUUCGGUUCUGUCACCACAACCAGCUCUGCUGCAAGGGCCGUCCUCAUGGGCGCCAUGGCCCUCCUCACACUUCCUCUCAUCAUCCCUGCCGCCUCGAGUUGUUCUGAUGUAGGCACGCAUGGUCCUGACACUGAAUUGGCAUUCAACCACAAUGAUCCACAAAAGCCGCUCCUUCUCAACCAUGAUGACCAUACCGAGACCAACGGCAGCAUGGCACAUAAAACAGAGGAAUUGCAGCCCAAGGGCUGUUGCUGUGGGACGAUACUGGAUAAGGGCUGUGUGUUGGUUCUUGGUGAGGAGCAUAGUGCAAAGAAGCUCAUCCGGUGUGUUGAUUUUUGGCUCUACUACACAGCAUACUUUUGUGGUGCCACUGUUGGGCUGGUGUACAGCAACAACUUGGGGCAGAUUGCACAAUCGUUGCAAUGUCAACCACAGCUCACCAUGCUUCUUGCAAUUUACUCCUCUUGCUCCUUCUUCGGCCGCCUUCUCUCUGCACUCCCUGACUUCCUUCACGGGAGGGUGUCAUUUGCUCGGACAGGGUGGCUUGCGGCAGCGUUGGUGCCCAUGCCAGUUGCUUUCUUCUUAAUGUGGAAAUUGCACGAUGUAAACACUCUGAUAGCAGGAACGGCGUUAAUUGGCCUAAGCUCAGGUUUCAUCUUCGCUGCGGCAGUGUCAGUGACAUCCGAGCUCUUUGGACCAAAUAGCAUCGGUGUGAACCAUAACAUCCUCAUCACCAAUAUCCCUCUUGGCUCACUCCUCUAUGGACAGAUUGCCGCCCUGGUAUAUGAUGCAAAUGGAUUGAAGAGUACGGUACUGGACAAACUCACUGGCACGGUUGACACCAUGAUAGUGUGCAUGGGUGCGAAGUGCUACUCAAACACAUUCUUUGUGUGGGGUUGCAUCACAUUGCUGGGCUUGGCAUCAAGCAUAGCCCUAUUCUUGAGAACAAGACAGGCUUACGCUACUGCUGCUGGUCAAUCUAGUUCUAAUUACAAGAGGUUGGAUAUUGAAUGGAGGAGGGAGGGACGCACAGAAGCCGGUGUGGAUCAUGAAAAGUUCCAUGGCGGCGCCUAUGGCCGCGCCGCCGACGGCGAUCUUCAUCCGACAGUCAAGGGCGUGGUCGACGACGACGAGGACGCUUCCCGGGAGUCAGAGCCUGAAAUGAAGGAGGAGGAAGCUAUGGCUUCGAUGGGCACGCUGCCGGGAUGGCUCAGGCUUGACACGGUUGGGAUGGAUAUUCUGAGCAUCGCCGCGCCCGCUGUGCUCGCGCUCGCCGCAGACCCCAUCGCUGCGCUCGUCGACACCGCCUUCGUCGGCCAUAUAGGUUCAACUGAACUUGCUGCCGUGGGUGUAUCCAUUUCGAUCUUCAAUUUGGUGUCCAAGUUAUUUAAUGUUCCACUUCUUAACGUGACCACAUCUUUUGUUGCUGAGCAGCAAGCGGUAGAUGAUGGUUAUAGAAGAACAGGAGAAAAUGAAUUUCGAAGAUCCCCAGAUAAGUUGACUGAAGAAAGGAAGUUUCUUCCGGCAGUCACGACAUCUUUGGCUCUAGCUUCUGGUAUUGGGUUGAUGGAAACUGUGGCACUUAUUUUUGGAUCUGGAACAUUGAUGGAUGUCAUCGGUAUACCAGUGGAUUCCCCGGUGCGUAUACCAGCCGAGCAAUUUCUUGCUUUUAGGGCAUAUGGUGCUCCACCUAUCAUAGUAGCACUUGCAGCACAGGGUGCAUUUCGUGGGUUGAUGGAUACAAAGACACCUUUGUACGCUAUUGGUGUUGGUAACCUAGUAAAUGCAAUACUUGAUGCCAUAUUUGUCUUUCCGCUUGGUUUAGGAGUAAGAGGUGCUGCGUUGGCGACUGUAACAUCUGAGUACGUGAUAGCUUGCAUCCUCCUUUGGAAGUUGAAUAGUAAAGUAGUAAUCUUCUCAGGAAAGAUUAUUGCUGGUGGAGUGAUCCGCUACCUGAAAUCAGGUGGACUGCUGAUCGGUAGGACCAUAGCAGUGCUCCUCACCAUGACACUGUCGACAUCUCUCGCUGCAAAGGAAGGGGCUAUUCCAAUGGCUGGCCAUCAGUUAUGCUUGCAAGUAUGGUUAACAAUCUCUUUACUCAAUGAUGCGUUAGCUCUUGCUGGACAGGCUCUACUUGCAACUGAAUAUACGAAAAGAAAUUACAAGCAGUCGCGCAUUGUUCUGUACAGAGUUCUGCAGAUUGGAGGGGCGACUGGUAUGGCACUCGCUAUAAUCUUGCUUUUCGGGUUUGAGUCUUUCUCCUUGCUUUUCACAGACGAUCCAGCAGUUCUGGCUAUUGCCAAAUCUGGAGUAUGGUUCGUCGCCAUCUCCCAGCCAAUAAACGCUGUUGCUUUUGUGAUUGAUGGGCUCUAUUAUGGUGUAUCUGACUUCGCAUAUGCUGCAUACUCCAUGUUCUUUGCAGGAGCCAUAUCGUCGGCUUUCCUACUCGUUGCCGCUCCUCAAUUUGGUCUUGGUGGCGUCUGGGCCGGUCUCAUUCUUUUUAUGAGUUUGCGAGCAGUUGCUGGGUUGUGGAGGUUAGGGAGCAAAGGUGGACCCUGGAACUUGAUCUUGUCAGAGACUGACUUACGCGACAAAAUGUGAUACCCUAGAUAAUUUGAUGAGAAGAUGAAAAGAUAGAAAAUAAGACAUCUUGGCUUUCUUGUACAGUUACUUGGCAAAUACAUGUACAGAUCCAGUGGAAGUUGCAAACUUCAUUUACUGCCAAGGCAUUGUCACUAAGGUUGUAGCAGUAGAAGCACCUCUUACUUUGUUGUGGCAUUUGUUGCAAGUGCUACGGGUAGUUGGUUUGGUUGUCUUUUACACCUUCAGAUCUACCCUAGAUAUAUAAGCAUUCUCCACUUGGUUGUAGCGGUUAUUGCAAAUGCGACAAAAAAGUUGGUUUAGCUGUUUUGUA